AUGGCGAGCGCGGGCCCGCUCCCGGCCCAAGAUGGCGGCGGGCGGCGCGGCGCGGGGCCGGAGGCGCUCGCAUACCCGCGGCCCCGCUCGCCCGGCCCGGCCCCGGCACCGCGCCCGGCGCCCCGCCAAGGCGGCCCCGGCAGCCGACCCCGCACAGCCCGCGGGGGAAGCAGCAGACACGGCGAGCCCGCGUUCAUCACAUGAAGUUGCUGGAGGACCACCUCUAAAGAGGAUGAAACGUGAAGAAAGCAGUCUAAAAUCAGAGCCAGAGGGACUCGCGUGUGAAAGUGGAAACCCUGCUGCACUGGGGGAACCACCUAAAACACCUGAUGGGGAUUCAGAAGAUCCAGCAGACAGCAGUCUAACCCAACAGAAAAAAGAAGAAAGCAUUGCAGAGACUGAUGAAGGCAAGCAGGAAAAGGAGCACAGUGUUUCUCUGGAGCCACACGCCGUGCAAUCCAGCAGUGCCCCAUUAAAAACGGGUGGGUUUCUGCACCACUAUCAUGUGUUCAGUGAAGAGGAGAGCAGCUGCGGGAGCUUCGACGGGGCCAGCUCGGAGGAUGUGGAUCGCCCGCGGAGGCCGAUGUUCCUGGAGCACAGCAGCGGCCUCUCGGACGAGGACAGCAACCAGCCCAUGCCAGUGCACCGGUUCUUCGGAGAUGUUGAGCUGCAUCUCCCGGCAGUUGCGCUCCCGAGCGUGACGAGGAGCAGGCGAGAAGCCAGGAAGCUCCAUUUCAUCGCCAAGGAAGAUGAUGAUGAUGAGGAGGAGGAGGAGAAGGAGGAGAAGGAGGAGAAAGAGGAUGUUGUCUAACAACAAGCUGUAAACAAAUUAAACCCUUCUUCUUUUUCUUUGUGACCACAUGGCAAUGGCUGUGUCAGUAACAUGAGGUGUCUGCUUGCCUUUUCUCAGGGAGAGAAAUGGGAGAGGUUUCUUUUUGUUGGAAUUGGCAGAUACAAUAUUCCAGUGAUUAUCUGGGGCAAAUACUGAAUUUUCAGUGAUAUGGAAAUAAAGUAUAAUUUAGCACUUUACCACUGAUGUUUAGGAAAGAAACACAGGGAAAAUAGAAGUCCUUACUGCUUUUUUGUAAAUUUGAGCCUCUAUCUUGAGGAAGUAUUUGGUUUCACUCCUUUUUUUUUUUUUUUUUUUUUUUGUAAUACUCAAGAAAAGGAUGCUGGAGCAAGGUUCUUUUUCUUUUCAUUCUGCAAUGUCUGUGGCAUCCAGGAAAUAAAGGAACAAACUGACCCCCUGGUACAAAGGUGGUCAAAGGUCUCCCUUGUGUGGGGUGUUUACACCUAACCCAGGACCAGUUAAACCUCUAAAAUGCAGUUCUGCUGGCAAAAUGAAAUGCAGGAUGUCAGAGUGGGUUCAGUGUGCUCAUCUCUGGGAGUUCAGCACGUUUUCAUUGCACGUCAGCUCCCCAAACACCCACCCCGUGGUGCUGCCUCCUCCCUCCACCUGCUGCUCCAAGUGUUGUCCUUCCUCGAUUUUCAACUGGUUUCCAGCAGGGAUUUUAGAAACAAAUGGUGAUGCACAAGGAAUAACAUCCCUUGGAUUUGAUGGACAGAAGAUUGCUAAGACUGUGGGGCAGCCCUCUCUGCAUGUUAAAAAUAAAAAAAAAAGGAGCAACCUCAGCCAAUUCCAGGAACUGCUAAUUCACCCAGUGUUUGUGGGUAUAUUUCUUUGAAAGUGUGAUUAUGCAAUAAGCUUCUAGAUAUUUAUUGUUAUAGCUCCUUCUAUGUUUCUAAAAAUAGAGAAUGUUAUCAGCAGAUGGUUUAAAUAAAUAUUAAUUUCUACAGCUCGAGCCUGUUAAACAUUCAAAAGUUGUAAGGCAAACAAAUUGCAUAUGCAUGGCAUGGUAAUGCAUUCCCAUUUCCACUCCAGCUGAUGCAUUGUUUCUGUCAAAGAUAUUUCUUGGCUCCUUUUCACUCUAAUUCUGUAACACAGAAAAAUCCAGAUUUUUAAAUUGCAUAUUCAUAGUUCCAUCCCAGCUCUGUGUUGCAGCAGCUCCUCCCAUUCGUUCAGUGCUGUGUUUGCUGCUGGCUCUUUCUAGCAAAGACAGUUUCACACACAGCCAUUCAUUUCACUGUGCAAAAUGCAUUUUCAGUUUGGGGGACAUGUGCCACACCUGAUUAAUCUCUCAUGCACCUCUAAGUACUCACACACACACAGAGGUCGCGGCAUUUUUUUAUUUAAAAAGUUCACACGAUUUACAUUGACAAUCCCAAAAGUUCAGUUGCUAUCAGCUGGUAUUAAAAAAAAAUUCAAGUCAAAACCUGAACUAUUCCUGAUUUGUUGCCUGAGGUAGGACAUGUUUUACCAAAGCAAUAUUCUCCAAGGCAGUGGGUAAACAUUACUGUAAACAUGAUCAUUACAGCUGUCCUUGCUGGUGGUACAUCAAGCAAAUUCAAGCUGAAGAGGCAGAAAGUGUUAGAAAGGAGAAGAAAAUCAGCAGGGAAAA